GCUCGAGUCUCAGUAGAAAGUCCAACAGCAAGACGAGCGGUGCAGUUUUUUGUGUGUGUGGAGCAGCAGCGGCAAAAUUUCUUUCCUUUCCAUCCCAAUGUGCAAGUAGCAAAAGUUCUGUGUCAAUGCCAAAAAUUACUAGAACGGAUUCCAAACAGAAAUUGUUCAAACAAUCAAGAUUAGGCAAGUGUCUGUCGUCCAGGAAAGGAUCUCGAACGGGCAAUUCGGCCAACAACAAGGAACUCAAAGUGCUCACCCUGCUGCAGUCUGUGCCGUGAA